AUGAUCAAUACAGCCGAGAUAUGUCGUCCUCGUACGGCAUUUCCUCCAUCUUCUUCUUCUCCUUCUAAUGGUGAUUAUCUGCACGAUAUGAAUGAAACCUCACGUCUGACGGAUUCUACUGGUCAACGUGAAAGUUCAUUUACCUAUGGCUAUGGGCCUGGUGGUCAACGUCAAACGGAAAUGAAAUUACUUGCCGUCGAACCGGAUUUAGGAGCAGCUCCAGAACGAAUGGAAGAUUAUAAAGGACGUCGUCGUACAUGGCCUGGUGUUCUAUUACUUGUAGUGAUUCUACUAGGUGCUUUAACUUUAAUUACAUUGAAUGCAAUAGAUGCAAAUAAACAAGCAAGUCUCAAUGCACAACGAUAUGAAUACGCAGCUCAAUCAAAUCGACGGAUUAAAGACGGACUAUUUGAUGAGAAUGUCUUGAUUUCAGAUGACGGUCAGGUUGGAAAUCCAAAGGUUUAUCCAGAUAUGAAGUGUCAAUUACCUGAUUAUCAGAGUAAAAAGGGUAAAAUCUAUGCCGUGAGUCAAAAUGGCACGGAACUUCCAAUUGGAAUCAAAGGAUUAAAUUGGUUUGGGAUGGAAACGGCCCCAGCUCUUCCGUUUGGAUUAUGGGAAAAUAUGGAAAAUGGUACAUCGGUGUAUGAAGUUGCAGCAUUCUUAGCUCGAAAUAAAUUCAAUAGUGUACGUUUACCACUAUGUAUUCAACAUAUACUCAAAGAUACAGCACCAGAGAAAUCACUGAUUAAUUUACAAACAAAUCGUGCAAUUAACAUUACGUCCUAUAUGACAACGAUACAAACAAUUGUUCAAGCACUUGGAUAUCGUAAAAUUUCAGUCAUGAUUAGUCUACACACGUUGAUACCUAAAAAUCCAGGUGGUGCAUGGUUUAGUGACAAACUUGGUGUGACGGAGGAGGAUUAUCUCGAAGCGGUUGAUAUUUUGACGCAACAUUUGUGUACUUCCAAGUAUUGGAAUAUUCUUGGACUGGACUUGAAGAAUGAACCACAUGAAUGUUCCUGGGGUGGUGACGAUCCAGAUUGGCAAAAAGGAGCAACAUUAAUUGGAAAUCGAAUGCUUAAAGGAUGCCCAAACUGGCUGGCUUUUGUCGAAGGGAUUGCUUCAAAGGGCACGAUUACGUUGAAUGGCGAAGAAGCUACUUAUUUUGAUUGGUGGGGAGGGGGUCUUGCUGAUGCUGGCGCGAAUCCUCCUACAUUUGACAUCAAGAACAAGUUGGUAUGGGCUCCACAUUACUAUAACACUGGUGUGAGUCCAGCCUGGUACCUCUAUGCCUCGGGUACUCAAAACGCUGAAGGAGCACGGGAUGAUUACGUCGAGCUUGACGACGACACGCUGAGAAACAACGUGGAGAAAACGAUGGAGAAAAUGUUUGGCUAUUUGCAGACUGAGGACCCAAACUCCGCUUUGAUUAUGGGUGAAUUUGCGGGUCUGUACGCUAAGGACGCCCACCCGAUGCUUACAACAAAGCGCACAACAGAUUUCACAGUCGAGGUCAUGAUCAAGGCGAAGUAUGCUGGAGCCUACAUGUGGUCAUUGAACCCCGAGAGUGCAUACCAGUACAAUCCAGCAGACGUUUUUGGUCAUUUCACCGAGGGUCUGCUGGAAGAUGACUGGUUGACACCAAACGAGGUUUUUGUCAAAGGCAUGGCUCCGCUGGACGAGAUUCAGGAUCUGAGGAUGUUUCCAUGCUUUGCAGAGAGUGUAGUGACUUGA